AUGCAGACUGCUUCUACAAACAUUUGGGAAAGACUGUACAAUAUGUCCAUCUGUGAAAUUUCCUUGCUGCUAAAUAUUCCACGGGAACGGUUAGUGGUAUUAUAACAAAGUGGAAGCAACUGGGAACAACAGCAACUCAGCCACAAAGUGGUAGGCCACGUAAAAUGACAGAGCGAGGUCAGUGCAUGCAGAAGCUUACAGUGAGCAGAAGCUGCCAACUGUCUGCAGAGUCAAUAGCUAAAGACCUCCAAACUUCGUGUGGCCUUCAGAUUAGCACAACAACAGUGCAUAGAGAGCUUCAUGGAAUGGAUUUCCAUGGCUGAGUAGCUGCAUCCAAG